CCAGCCGCCCCGCCCCCGCCCGCCACGAACAACCCCCAGCCUGACGUGCCCACAGUGCAGUUGUGAUGGUGCCCCCGCCGCCACUGGGCUGGCCGCGCAGGGGGCGGGGCGACGGCGGCGGGAGCGGGGAGCCUCGCCGGCGGAGGCAGCCGGGGGCGGGGGCCCAGGGGGGUGGUGCCCCGGCCUCGGCUGGGGGCGGAGAGGACGGCGAUGGGGGCGACGGCAGCGCAAAGCAGAGCGACUCUACGAGCGACACCACGGAGGGCGGGGAUGAUGAGGACUCAGCUGAAGAGGACGGUGACAACGAGGACAACGCAUCAGACGACUCGGACGAGGACUCAGACGGUAGCGGCAGCACCUCCGGGACCACCUCUUCGGACUCAAACAGUAAUUCGUCUGCGGACUCUUCAUCCGAGUCAGGAUCUACAGUCUCGUCGGACGGGUCGAGCUCGACCACUAGCGAGACUCGGCCGACGAACCAAACGACCCUUUGGGAUGGCGCGGCGCGGUGCCAGGGCAGCAGCCGCGGGCUGGUGGUGACGGCGCGGGGGCGGCACGUGGAGGUCUCGCACCUCAGCGACAUCGUGGGCUCGCAGCUGGAGGGCGGCUGCGUCGCCGGCGUCGAGCGUCGGCGACGAUCCUCAUCGGAGGACAGCGACCGCACUCGAGGGCGAGGACGGGGGCGGGGGCGGGGGGCGCGUCCUCGGGCACAACAACUACCACCCCCGCCGCGGGCACCGCCGAGGGCCUUGCCUCCCGUCCUACCGGCGCCCUUAGCCAAGCAGUCCCAGCCCCACGCCAGAGACAGAAGCCGGGGCCGCACGGCCUCCACUGCCGCCGAGGCACGACGGGCAGCUGUUCGCACCGGGGCCGUGCCCCGCCGGCCCGCCCCGGCCGCAGCCCGCGCCCGCCCCUCUCCACCCCCGGCCCGGAACCCGCGACCUUCCCGGCCUCGCGGAAGGGGUGCGGGCAACAGGAACAUCACAAAGGACUUCUUUUUGGUGCCUUUAGGUUGUUCGUAACGGCCGCCUCGCUACGGUCCUGGUCCUGGGCAACUACUCCAGUUCGUCCUCUGCCUCCUCCUCAACCACAACCACGACUCCAUCCUCGUCCUCCACCUCUGGCCAGUUGACCACUAGCAGCAGCGAGUACACCUCCUCUGAACACACCUCCAGCUCCGGAACGUCUGGCCCGGACGAGUCAGACAGCCUCACUGCCCUAGACAUCAAGCUCCACUCGAUUUUCUACAACUGAAACAGCCACCAAAACGAAAAAAAAAUGGGAAAAUGAAAACAUUUAAAUCCUUUACGAGAAUAAAAAUAUGUAAAAUAUGGUGAA